AUGGCGCCUGCCAAAGCAGCAUCGGAGCGCAUCCUGGCUGCCCUUCUAUCCCGAGACUGGGCACCGGGAGGCCCUCCUGGCGAUGGGCCGCCCUUUGGUCAUCCACCAGGCUGGCACUACUACCUCAGCCCCGGCGCUAUCGCGGCCAUCGUUCUCGGCAUCUUCUUCUUUCUGCUGCUCGUCGGCUGCAUCUGUGUGACGUACUCGUCACGGUUCAAAGGCCGGCGUCGACGCAGCCGCAGUCGCAGCACGCGCUCCUACUACGCCGACACGACGUCAUACGCAACGCGAACAGCGGGUGGUGCAGACAGUGCGAGAGUGCGAGGCGGUGGUAGCGAUGGUCAGGCCUAUUACUAUUACUACCCGGCGGAAUAUACAACGACGGCGGCGGCCGCCACGGGUGCAGGGCAGACGGCUGCAGGAAAUGUACGAGUGUCUGCCACAACCACACGAGCAAAAGCGGCGCCAAAGUCUGUGACAUCGCCAUCUUCACCAUCUUCGCCAUCAUCUGCGUCGUCACAAUGCUCUGCAGCAUCGGCCUCGACCAGGGGCCGGGCUGUGUCCUCAAAUGCAUCAGAUGCAGCCACGUUGGCGAUGGGAACGGAAAAGAAACCCUCGACCAUGGUCGAAGACGUUUCGUCUCCAGUCACAUUGCCUCGCAAGAUGAGAACUGCUAAAACAAGGAAGCAGAAUGGGCGCAGGCGCUGA